AUGGUAUAUUGUUCAAAUGAUCUUGCUGAAAGAAUGAUGAUGUGGGAGGAUUUGAAGAGAUUGAAGAUAAGGAGUGAACCUUGGGUAAUUUGUGGGGACUUCAACAAUGUGGUUAACUUCAAUGAGAGAGUGGGAUCUAAUGUGACUCUUCAUGAGGUGGAAGGGAUAAGAAGAUGUCUGUGGGACUGUGAGGUGCAGGAUAUGGUGAGUGUGGGUCCGUUCUACACUUGGUCAAAUAAACAAGAGGGGGAAGAGAGGGUCUAUUCGAAAAUAGAUAGAGUGUUUGUGAAUGAAGCAUGGAUGGUGAAAUUUGAAGGAGCAAAGGCACACUUCCUUCCUGAGAGUAUAUCUAAUCAUACUCCAUGUAUCAUACACUUUGAAGAUAAUCAGGGUGGUGCCUCAAAGGUGUUUAGAUUCUUCAAUAUGUGGACACAAGCAGCUGAGUUUGAGGCCAUUGUGAUGCGAGGUUGGCACAAACAAUAUACAGGAUGUGCUAUGUUUAAAGUAGUGAGGAGAUUGAAGGGGCUAAAAGGGGACUUGAAAGAGCUAAACAAGAGUAAAUUCUCUAAUAUAGAGAAUGAGGCAGAUCUGGCUUAUAAGAAGCUAAUUAGCAUCCAGAAACAACUGCAUUCAGACCUGAGAAAUCAUGAGUUGCAGGCAAGUGAAAGUGAAGCUAGAAGGAGAUAUAUGGCACUGAAUCAAGCUAGAAUGUCAUUUCUUCAGCAGAAAGUUAAAUGUGAAUGGUUGAAGGGUGGUGACUCAAACACAACUUAUUUUCAUGCGUGCUUGAGAAGAAGAGGUCAAAAUCACAUUUAUAAAGUGAAAGAUAGGUGGGGUGUGUGGGCUGAAAAUCAGGAAGAAAUUGAAAAAGCUUUUAUGGAGUUUUAUAAGGACCUUCUAGGGAAUGAAUUUCCUAAUAGGAAAAAGGUUAGUAACAGUGUGUUGAAUGAAGGUGAGAAAUUGAAUUCAAGACAGCAAGGAGACUUGUGUCAACCUUUUAGUAGUGAGGAUGUAAAGCAGGCCUUGGGAGAAAUUGAAGACAACAAGGCUCCAAGCCCUAAUGGUUAUUCAAGUCACUUUUUUAAGAAGCCAUGGGAGGUUCUUGGGGAGGAUGUCACUGAGGGUGUCCUAGAUUUCUUCAUCUCUGGGAAGAUACUAAAGCAGAUAAACAACACUACAUUAUGUUUAAUUCCUAAAUGUGAACAACCUCAGGAUACAACACUAGAUUUGCGCAAGGCCUAUGACUCUCUUGACUGGGAAUUCAUUAAGGAAAUGUUGCUAGGGUUGAAAUUUCCAGAAAACUUUGUAAACUGGGUUAUGUUAUGUGUGACUACUCCCAGUUAUUCAUUGAGUAUAAAUGGGCAAUUAUGUGGUUUCUUUCAAGGGAAGAGAGGGGUGAGGCAAGGAGACCCUAUUUCCCCUCUUCUAUUUGUCAUUGCUAUGGAGUAUUUUUCAAGGUUAAUGAAGAAAAUGCAGAAGAAAACUCAAUUUGACUUUCAUUAUAGAUGCUCUGAAUUAAAGCUGUCACACCUGAUAUUUGCUGAUGAUCUGAUGUUGUUUUGCAAAGGGGUACCUCAGUCUGCAAUCAUGAUAAAAAGAGUGUUAAAAACAUUCUCAGUUACCUCAGGCUUGUGUGCUAGUGCUGAAAAAACAACUGCAUAUUUUGGGAAUGUGAAAGAGGAGAUUCAUAGGAGAAUUUUACAAGUUACUGGAAUUCAGAAAGGGCAAUUCCCCUUUAGAUACUUAGGGGUGCCUAUUACCUCAAAAAGAAUCUCUAAAGAAGAUUGUGAAGUGUUGGUGGACAAAGUUUUGAAGAGAAUGGAGGUGUGUUAUGCAAAAAAUAGGGGAGGCUUAGGGAUUAGAGAAUGCAUAAGCUGGAAUGUAGCUGCCAUUGGGAAGUAUGUAUGGCAAAUAACAGAAAAAGCUGAUUUGUUAUGGAUCAAAUGGAUCCAUUCAGUUUAUAUUAAGGAAUCAUCAUGGUGGGAGUAUCAAGCUCCAAUGAAUGCUAGCUGGUGCUGGAAGAAUAUAUGCAAAGUCAAAGAGAAGAUGAAACAGGCUUACACUGGUGACAAAUGGUUAAACACUGAUGCAAAAUACACUAUUAAGUCAGGGUAUAAGUGGCUGCAUCCUGAAGGUGAGAAAAUCAGAUGGCAUAACUGGGUAUGGAAUUCGUUUAAUAUUCCUAAACACUCACUAAUAGCAUGGAUGGCUAUGAAAGGCAAGCUUAAAACAAGAGACAAGAUGCUGAAAAUAGGAAUAAGCAGAGAAGACACUUGUGCACUGUGUGAACAAGAUACUGAAGAUGAUCAGCAUUUAUUCUUUAGAUGUCCAUUCAGCAAGAGAGUGUGUCAUGGCAUUAUGCAGUGGUUAGGGAAACAAAGCUCUGCAACUGAAUGUCUUUAUACUCAUUGGAAGAAAUGGGGAAGUAAUUAUAGAAGCAAGAGAAGACAGAAGAUUUGGUAUGCUGCCCUGACAGCAGUUGUCUAUGAAGUGUGGAGAGCCAGAAACAACGCAAUUUGGAACCUUAAGGUUCCUUGUCCUACUGUUGUGGUUCGUAACAUCAAAAAGACUGUUUGUAUUAGGUUUCAGCAUCCGGUGACAAGUAAAUGGUCUAGAGAAGACAAGGAAUGGCUGGAAAAAUUAACAGCAGAUGUGAGUUAG